AUGGCCGACCGGCUGCUCAACACCGUCUUGCAGUACUACCAGGACGUCCACGAUGCUGCGAGAACGGAGCAGAUCAUCGGGUCGACCGCGCACCUCCUCGCCCAGCUCUCCAACCCGCUCAACCUGGGUAUCCUGACCUCCCAGCUUCUCACGGCCCGAGCCAUCUGGCAUAACCCCGACGGGCUCCGCACGUCCAUUCGCAUUGUCAGCAUCUACAACACAGCUGCGUCCCGCGUCCGCGAGCAAGAGAAGGAGAAAAAUGCAGGAAUCGGUCUCCGGGGCGGCGGUGGACUCCAUUGCGAGGACUGGGUUCGCGCAGUCGUCAAGGGAGCUGAUGAUCGGUCGCGCCGAUGGCAGCAUCUGCUUGUCCUCACCGGUGUGUUGAUGGGGAUGGAAAACGACGACCGGCGAUCGCUCACUGCAGCCAUGCGAAAUACCCUCGAGAACGCGAUUGUGACGGCUGCGAACCUGGCUCUGGAGACCCAUGUGCAGGAUGGCCAUCUUGCUGCUGCCUCCAUAGUGAUGACGCUCAACUUUGCGUUCCCCCUGCUGUCUGAGUUCAACAGAUCCCAGGUCAAUUGCAAUGCGCUUUUACCCAUCAUUGUCCGUACCAUCACUACCGAGGAAGGGUUCCGUGACGGUCAGUUCCUCGAGGCCAUCGCACGCGAUAUCUCCGGUACGCUGGACACAGUUCUCAGCUGGCCCGCAAACUCUCUUUCAUUCCAGGCUCUUCAGGCCAUGGAUCAGCGGCCGUUGAUGGGAAACAUGGGUCCAUUGUCUAAGCUUGCUGGGUUCGCUGUCUCUCAGGCCCAAGACACAAACGCUGUGCUCUCGGCCCAACAGCAAUUACUCAACUUCACAGGAACCCUGCUGGAUCUUUGGAGGAGACUCCCCUUAAGCGAUGUAGAUCCUGCCCUAGAAGCAGCCAAGCUGAGCUCCGAGACCGUCCAGACCACUUGGCCAGCUCUCUGGCAGCUCCUGCGAAAGCUACUCUUCGGAGUCGUGGCAAUCCUACAGGCCAUCGUCUCCCGCAGUCUUCUGGAUCCUUUGAUGAUCAACGAGAGGGCCGCCCCCGCCAUCUCUUCCAAAUCUCUCCAUAUUCUAAGGAACCUUUCCUUCAUCUCUUCCCACGGCGGGAAUAACGCCUUCCAGGUCUACACAUUCACAUACAUGGCUUCCAUCGAUGUCAUCUCACGUCACCCACCUGCCUGUGAGAUGUAUCUGGCGGAAACACGACCGCAAGCUCCAGUUAUGCUGCCAACACAACACUGCCAGAGGACCUUGGACCUCUUUUUCCUCAAUCUCGCAGAGCAUCUUCCCCUCUCGCUAUCCACGAACGCAUGCGAGAAUCUCGUGCUCGAGCCAGCUCUUGCAUACAUCUCCCACGAUGGACCAAUGACCCGCACCAUUGUCGAGCUAUUCGAAGCUGCCCAUAGUGCCAUCCUGUCCGUCCUGUCAUGUCCACAACAUAGUCCUCUAACCGUUCGGAUGGCUCCCUUCUACAUCCUGAAGCUCUUUGAGUCAUUCCCAAGACACAUUUCUCCCCGUCAAUUCAGACUAGCUUUUAAGACCGUCAUGCAGAUUGUAUCACCGCCCUUCCCCGUUGCCGCCAUAAACCCGGACCUGUCGGAGACUCUUCUGGAGCUCCUCCGGCAUUACAUGGCCAACGCGUCCACCGAGCCCCUCCCAGCCACUUUGGACGCCGAGAAUGGCCAGGCGGGGACCCAGCAAGCCGAGGACCUCUUGUCCUACCAAAGCUCGCUUGCUCUGGCCCUCGUCGACUCCUUGCCGUUCUUACCGUUGCCAAUCGUUGAGGAUUGGCUCGCCACGGCUGCUCAGGCGCUGAAUGAGAUUGAAGAUCCCGGCCUGAGGGAGCCCGUCAAAAGGAGGUUUCUGGACAUCCUCGUCAGUGGAGAGAUGGAUGUCGAGCGGGCAGCCAUCGGCGUGAACUGGUGGGGCACAAGGGGCGGCCGAGAAUCUGUCCUUUUAGGUCGGAACUCUGAGUCUCUUAUGAUGAGCGGUGCCAUUGGGCCCGAGCGGUCAAGCCAUCUAUGA